GUCCGGCCGGCGGAAGCUAAACCAAGAGGCGGGGCGUAGGUGGUCGCGCCGUGAUGACGUAAUACGAAGGCGCGGGAUGGUGACGCGCGGGACCCGUUGUCUGUGUGGGGCUGAGGGGCCCCGGGGGCAAUAGGGGCUCCCGGCUAGGGCGUCGGUGGGUCGGGAGGGCCUGGACAUGGCGCUGAGGGGCCGCCCCGCGGGAAGAUGAAUAAAGGCUGGCUGGAGCUGGAGAGCGACCCGGGCCUCUUCACCCUCCUGGUGGAAGAUUUCGGUGUCAAAGGAGUGCAGGUAGAAGAGAUCUAUGACCUUCAGAGCAAAUGCCAGGGCCCCGUUUAUGGUUUCAUCUUCCUGUUCAAAUGGAUCGAAGAGCGCCGAUCCCGUCGCAAGGUCUCUACUUUGGUGGAUGAUACGUCAGUCAUUGAUGAUGAAAUUGUGAAUAACAUGUUCUUUGCCCAUCAGCUGAUCCCCAACUCUUGUGCUACUCAUGCUCUGCUGAGUGUGCUCCUGAACUGCAGCAAUGUGGACCUGGGGCCUACCCUGAGUCGCAUGAAGGACUUCACCAAAGGCUUCAGCCCUGAGAGUAAAGGAUAUGCAAUUGGCAAUGCCCCGGAAUUGGCCAAGGCACAUAAUAGCCAUGCCAGGCCUGAGCCACGCCACCUUCCUGAGAAGCAGAAUGGGCUUAGUGCGGUGCGGACCAUGGAGGCGUUCCACUUUGUCAGCUAUGUGCCUAUCACAGGCCGACUCUUUGAGCUUGAUGGACUGAAGGUCUACCCCAUUGACCAUGGGCCCUGGGGGGAGGAUGAGGAGUGGACAGACAAGGCCCGGCGAGUCAUCAUGGAACGGAUUGGCCUCGCCACUGCAGGGGAGCCCUACCAUGACAUCCGCUUCAACCUGAUGGCAGUGGUGCCUGACCGCAGGAUCAAGUAUGAGGCCAGGCUGCACAUGCUAAAGGUGAACCGUCAGACAGUGCUGGAGGCUCUGCAGCAGCUGAUUAGGGUAACACAGCCAGAGCUGAUUCAGACCCAUAAGUCUCAAGAGUCUCAGCUGCCUGAGGAGUCCAAGCCAGCCAGUGGCAAGUCCCCCUCAGAGGCACACAGGACCCCAGCGGCCUCAGAGGGCACCCACACAGAUGGCACAGAAGAGGGGGCUGGUUCCUGCCCACCCGCCCCAACCCAUAGCCCUCCCAGCAAACCCAAGCUGGUGGUGAAGACUUCAGGGAGCAGCCUCAACGGGGUUCCCCCCAAUCCUGCCCCUAUUGUUCAGCGGCUGCCAGCCUUUCUGGACAAUCACAACUAUGCCAAGUCCCCCAUGCAGGAAGAGGAAGAUCUGGCAGCAGGCGUGGGCCGCAGCCGAGUUCCAGUCCGCCCACCCCAGCAGUACUCAGAUGAUGAGGAUGAUUAUGAGGACGAUGAGGAGGACGACAUGCAUAACACCAACUCCGCCAUCAGAUACAAGCGGAAGGGACCAGGGAAGCCAGGGCCUUUGAGUGGCUCCGCAGAUGGGCAGCUGUCUGUGCUGCAGCCCAACACCAUCAACGUCCUCGCUGAAAAGCUCAAAGAGUCCCAGAAGGACCUCUCGAUUCCUCUGUCCAUCAAGACCAGCAGUGGGGCCGGGAGUCCUGCCGUGGCAGUUCCAGCGCACUCGCAGCCCUCGCCCACGCCCAGCAAUGAGAGCACGGAUACAGCCUCCGAGAUCGGCAGCGCUUUCAACUCGCCACUGCGCUCGCCCAUCCGCUCAGCCAACCCGACGCGGCCCUCUAGCCCUGUCACCUCCCACAUCUCCAAGGUGCUUUUUGGUGAGGAUGACAGCCUGCUGCGCGUUGACUGCCUACGCUACAAUCGUGCCGUACGUGACCUGGGUCCUGUCAUCAGCACAGGCCUGCUACACCUAGCUGAGGACGGUGUGCUGAGUCCCCUGGCACUGACAGAAGGUGGGAAAGGCUCCUCACCCUCCAUCAGACCGAGCCAAAGCAGUCAGGGGUCCAGCAGCCCAGAGGAGAAGGAGGUGGUGGAAGCAGCAGAAAGCCGAGAGAAGACUGGGCUGGUCCGGCCCGGUGAGCCCUUAAGUGGGGAGAAGUACUCACCCAAGGAGCUGCUGGCACUGCUGAAGUGUGUGGAGGCUGAGAUUGCAAACUAUGAGGCCUGCCUCAAGGAAGAAGUGGAGAAGAGGAAGAAGUUCAAGAUUGAUGACCAGAGAAGGACCCACAAUUACGAUGAAUUCAUCUGCACCUUCAUCUCCAUGCUGGCUCAGGAAGGCAUGCUGGCCAAUCUGGUGGAGCAAAACAUCUCAGUGCGGCGGCGCCAAGGGGUCAGCAUCGGCCGGCUCCACAAGCAGCGUAAGCCUGAUCGGCGGAAACGCUCACGCCCCUAUAAGGCCAAGCGCCAGUGAGGACCACUGGCCUUGAAUCUGCAAUCUGCUCUUGCUGCGUGGCUGUCACCAGGGCCCUUCCCUGCCCCACUCCCCCGUCUCCCAGUAUUACGACAGUUCCAGCCAGAGAGCCCAGACCCUGGGACUGGGAGCCAGGCCAGGAUCCUUUGUGGCAUGUUCCAGGGACUGGCAGGGCAGGGCAGCCCCACGGCGCUCAGGAAGCAGCAGCUAGCGCUGGGGCUGCAUGGUGCAGCCACUACCUCCACAGCCGGCUGUGGAGUGGCAGGACCUGGCCCUCCUGCCUUGGGCAGCAGAAUAUAUAUUUUAUCUAUCA